UUCCGUGACGACGGAAUUCGGCUCCAUCGGCGGUGGAAACCCCAGAUUUCUGCUUCACUUCAAGUCCAGAUUUGGAGAUUUUUCUGCUCGGAGGUCCGUGGGGAUGUCGGAUCCGGCGAAGGCGUAGGAGGAGGGAGACGGCGAUGGCGACGGCUGUUUGCCAAUUUGGGUAUAAAAUCGGAUUAUAAAGAUCACUGCUUGGAGGGACAGAUGGAAAAUGGUGACAUAGACGAACACAUGAGGAGCAACUCUGACGCAUUUCACUUUCAUCAUACCUUUUACCACUUUUAUGAUUUUUUUUUCCUUAAAAAUGAAGAAAAAACAAACUGCUGA